AUGGAGGCGACGGCUGUUUGUAAGGAGGUACAGGAUGCAAUCCUACGUGAACUGAGAUCAGACCAUUUUCAAAAAUCUUUGAAAGAGGGACUAAGGAAAGCACUUAAGUCAGUCUGGGACAAUGUCUUGGAAUCCCCAAAAUGUAUAUACAAAGAGGAGAAGAAUAAACAAGGACAGGUUGAACCGCAGGAAGCCAACCAGGAGAGAGAGCAAUAUGGUAUUCAAAAAUUAUCUACAGAAGAAGAGAUUCAUGAAACGGAUUUACCAAUUGGUGCUUUGGAAGAGGGGGAAAUGGCGAAAGAUGACAGACUGGAACACUGGCACAGUAAAGCCUGCAAGUGUGAUUGCCAGGGAAGUCCCAACUCAGUAUGGUCCACUGGAACAAACAGUCUGCAGUGCAUGCCAGAAUGUCCCUAUCACAAGCCACUUGGUUUUGAGUCUGGAUCUGUUACUUCAGAUCAGAUAAGCUGUGCCAAUCCAGAACAGUACACAGGAUGGUAUACGUCAUGGACUGCUAACAAAGCCCGGCUUAAUGGACAAGGCUUUGGGUGUGCCUGGCUCUCAAAAUUUCAAGACUCUAACCAGUGGCUGCAAAUUGACCUGAAGGAAAUCAAAGUUAUUUCAGGGAUACUCACACAAGGAAGGUGUGAUGCAGAUGAAUGGAUGACAAAAUACAGUGUUCAGUACAGGACUGAUGAGAAUCUGAACUGGGUGUAUUACAAGGACCAGACAGGAAACAACCGGGUUUUCUAUGGGAACUCAGACAGAUCGUCCUCUGUGCAGAACCUUCUGCGCCCCCCAAUUGUCUCUCGCUACAUUCGAUUGAUACCACUUGGUUGGCACGUUCGCAUUGCCAUCAGGAUGGAGUUGCUCGAGUGCAUGAAUAAGUGUGGUUGA